AUGCAUGAGUUUGCUCUCUACGGGCUAGUCUCCAAAGACGACCACCAUCGAAUGCUCCAACAGCUAGCUGGAUAUACCCGUAUGCAGCCACAGCACACGAUAGAGAUCCACCUCGUCUUCAAACCACGCACACCCGCCGGUUUAGAGCGUCUCCCUUCUGCAGGCGGGACUCAAGGGGUCCUGCAGCAGGACGUACAGAAACUGAAAAAUAUGCUGAAUGCCGGCCUCUACUAUUUGCAACUGGUUGGCGAGGUAGUGCCACCACCGAAGCUCAAAGGAACCGAGAAAGGAGACGUUGCCAUGUCUGAUGCCAACGGUGAUGCUAACCCCACCAAGUCAACGCCGGGAACCGCCGUGGUGAAUUGGCACCUGGACUUCAAAGAUACUCCAGAGCCGGGGAAACAAGCGGUGAGUACCAGGUUGAUCUCCCGGAUACCGAUCAAUGACGGGGACUAUAUUCAAUUCAUGAAUAACUUUGGUUAUGAGUAUGUUUCUCGUUACUUAGUAGUGGGCGACAAUUUCUACGAUUACGACACCACACUAUUUGUUCACAAGGUUCUGCGAUUGCCACAGGUAUCUGCGGAUGGAGCCAUUGCUGAUACGUCCUUCCUAUCCAACAUCUCCGAGUUGCCAAAACUGGAUGGUUCUGGCGGAUAUAUGCUACAAGCAUCCAUUGAUGUGGUUGAUGGAAACCACCCUGAGCUUAAGGAGCGCGCUACCAGGCAGUUACUUGGUCACAAGGAAGCGUUGAAACAAGCAGUCGAGCUGACUCCGGGUGAUAGACUGGCUCUGGACACCCGGCUGCCUGUGUCUUCAGGUAGAGCGUAG